AAUCGAGCUCCCAUGUGUAGGAGGAGUCGACUUGGUUUUCUUUUGACGCCAAAAGAAACUAAACUACUCUUAACCGCCAAUAAAUUCGAAAAAAAUAUCCAAUUUAAACCAAAGACAGAAACCGUAUAAAAUAGAUUGAAAUGGCUUCGCUGGAUAACAAGUCUCCGCAGGAAAUCAGCGAUCUGCUGGACGAGUACGGGAUCAAACAUGGACCUGUGGUUGGAACUACCAAGAGUCUGUAUGUGAAGAAGCUGAAGGAAGCCAUGGCCAAGGGGAAGAAAGCUAAACCAUCAUCUGAUAAAACCUAUUACAGAGAGGAGGAGGAGGAAGUCACUUAUGUUUACAGGACACCAAGCAGAAAUGAGACCUCUGGAGACGGGGGGACUUACAUGAGAUCCAGACGAGACUGGGCUGAGGGGGAAUAUGGACAUGACACUUCCUACUCGAGCUACUCAAGUUCAAGGCCUGAAUACAAAGGAAGGGAUUUGGUUGAUGAGCCCUACAUGUACGACACUCCGUCCACCUACAGCAGCAACUCGUACGCCAAACCGACGCCCAUGAAGUCGGAACCAGAGAAACCAAAGGCGCAGAAGUCGUCCCGCCUGAUCCCCCUGUGGCUCCAGUUCGUCUUCUUCCUGGCUCUGGCAGCCUUCCUUUACUUGGUCUUCUCCAACAUGGAGACAAACGAGGCCAUCAAAGGAAUAGUGUGAUUUUAGUGAAAUUGAUUUGAUGUCGAGGGAUGAGAUACUUUAUUUUACAUCUACAGUUGAUGGAUGUCUUUUGGGGAUUUUAGACUUUGCUGUCUUUGUGGUUGAUGCAAUAUUUGUGCUUUUUUUUUUUUUUAUGCUGAAAUUUGUUUGCACCUACCUGCUGCGGCUGUGGCUAACAAAAAAAGAAAAAAGCUUGCACCUUCUGGUCCUCCCUUUUAACGUCUUCUAAAACAACUUAAAUUUAAACUGAAGAGUAGAAAACUGCAUGUAGACCACAAGCGGCACCGUUUUAUUAUUCUUAAGCGAAAACUGACACCAAAGUGGGGGUGGGGGGGAAAUGUGAGCUAGACCCCCGUUAAACUUUGGAUUUAAAAGGAAUGUCUUGUUUUUUUUUGCAUGACUGUACAGGUAAGGGUAAAAUACAUUCUUGUUCACCAAGUUUCACUACAACACCUCUUUGAGUCAAACUGCAGAACAAACAAUUUUUGUCGAAUACAGGCGGCGGCUCUCUGUUGAUCCUAUAAUUGCUGGGUUGUAUGAUCCUUCAAAGCUCCUGCUGCUAUUUUGUUGAUCAUUUUGGUCUAAAGGUAGAGAGCAAAGUAAAGAAAUAUUUUUACCAAUCUUAUGGAUUCGGGGAAAGUAGGGUAAAUAUUGGGUUUUUAAAGUGUAGUUAUACGAUCUAAAUUGUCAUUUCAGCUCUCCCUUUUUCUUUUUUUUUUUUUAAAUAUUGGUUUUGUAAUAAAAAUCAGAAACUUACACCUGAAGUUCCCGGUUUAAUGUGUGCAUAUUUAAACGCUGCAGAGCAAAUAUUAUUGACGAUGACACACUUGUUUAUUGUACAUAAUUUUGAUUUAACUCAUUUUUCAGUGUGGCUGAAUUGAAUAAUGUUUGUCAAACAAGUACUGAUGCUUCCAUUUUGCUCACAGCCAUUUAUGCACAUUUUGGACAGACUUAAAUUCAAGUGCCUGUGCAUUACUAUCAAUUCUGAUAAAACUGUAAAUUGCAUUCAAUAAGUACAUGAAGAUUUUUCCAAAGUAAAAAUGUAAAAUUGCUCAAUACAAGCUGUAGUGCUACAAGUUUAUGCUUUGCUCAAAUGUGCAGCACUUUUGUACCACAUCAUCCAUCUAUCCAGAGUUUGUAAUUUGUUUUGUAAUUGGUUUUCAUAAUAUAAUAAAGAGCUUGCAGAUGUAA